GUUCCCUCUAAUCUUUCUAAUCCAUCUCACCUCACUCUCCCAUCUUUGUGAUCGUGUGUGUGUGUGAUAGAAAUAUUGUGUCUAUCUUGUUGUGUUUGUGGCAACAUAUUUCUGAUAAAACAAUUGAAAAUAAAAAUGAUCUUGAAAUUCACAAUAUUAUCAUGUCGAUAUUGUGUGACUAAUCAAGUGAGAUUGUCAAUAAAGUAAUCCCUUAUUGUGGAAGUGACAUUAAAGCAAAAAAACUGUAGCAACUAUAUAUAACUAUGAAAACAUGGGCUAGUUAUGAUUGAGACUGAUUCCUUUGAUAUUGAUUUGGAUGAGCAUUCCUUCCAGCUCCCACUGAUUCCAGGUUUUGUAUUCAUCAUAACAGGAGGAAAGAUGUUCCACUACUUCUAAGUGACCUGCAGAAUGAAGAGAUAGUGAAUAUUAUCCAUGUUCUUCAUGUCUAUCUCCAAAGUUCUCCUCCUAGACAGAGACCCUUCGUUGCUACACUUUGUUGAACAUAGAUCUACUCGUAAGCUUCUGAUUUAGAUUUACUGUGUAUUCUGAAUGGUUAUUCUUGUGUCUCAUAUUCUUAUUCUGAUGUUUUCUGAUUGUUUACCCUUUUUUCUCAUUUUUAUAUUCUGAUGUUAUUUCUUUAUAUUGGACUAAGUCUCUCGCCAAGACUGAGAUGAACACAUGCCGCAGGUCGAUCCUCAAAAAUAUGGCUUUUACAGACAAGAGGCUGUUGAUGUCAUUACAGCAUCACUCAAUAGCAGCUUAAUUGAUGAGGAGGUUAGAGAAAAAUGUUGCCGAGCGCUACUUAUCUUGGGAGGACGUUUUUCUUCGUCUGGGAAGUUAUUGGCAGUGGGUUGGAUUCUGAAGCUAGCAGGGUUCAAUGAUGGUCGAGAAGUGAACUCUAUUGACAAAGAAGAGGAUUUAGAUGUUGAUGAUACUAUUUUAUUGGUAAGUUUCAUAUCUAUGGCCCGGUCACUAUUGUUUCUCCAUUCAUCCAUGAUAAUCAUAUAGGACUGCUAUUAUGG